AUGGCUUCAUCAAGUUCUCUUGAGCUCAACUUGAGUCUCAAACCAUCCUAUGUGCCUAAAACCAUAGCCAACCUACUGAAAGAUUUGUCACACGUGGACACUGCAUCAGAUAAAUUAGCAGUGUUGAAUGAUUAUAUCAAUCAGCAUGAAGAAGAAUUGAACAGUAUUGUCGCCUUCAAACAUCAACUUCCUCAAUGCAUGCUGCUUCUGAUGGAGGCGCUUGGGACAUUGAAAGAUGAAUUUAUGAGCAUCAAGAACGGAAUGGAAUCUGAAACUGGAAGGCCUUUGAUGGAGUUUUUGGCGAUCAAGAGGAAACAUUAUGAAGAAGAACAAACAGAUAUAUCAGCUGCAGAGAAGUAUGACUGCAAAGGAAAGAGUUUGAUGAGGUCUUCUCCUCAGCUUUGGAACUCUAACUGUAAUAAUAAGAAGCAGAAAACAUUCAUAGAGUUUAUUCAGGCCCCAAAUCAGAAUCCCAUUCCUUUCAAGGAGAGUACUUUCAGCUUAUCACUUGCUGAGAAGGGAUGCAUUAGCAAGGAGAUUAUAAGAAAAUCAUACAGUAGAUUUGCAAGUGUUGGAACAAAUAAUGGUGACUCAAGAUUGAAUCUAAGGGCUGAUAAUCGAACUCUGAAUUAUCACCCUAGGCCACUAACAAAACCUAUUUGGAAGAAUAACAGAAGAUCUUGGUCACCAGAGCUUCAUGCAAGGUUUGUGGAGGCUUUGAAUCUCCUUGGAGGCAUUGAAGUGGCAACUCCUAAGCAAAUCAGAGAGGUCAUGCAAGUUGAGGGCCUCACCAAUGAUCAAGUAAAGAGCCACCUCCAGAAAUAUCGACUUCAUUGCCGGAGGCUGCCAGAGAAUUAUGCUAAAUGCUUGGUGAAAUUCCAAGAUCCAUGGCAUCCUCAAAUGUAUUGUGGUGACCUUUUGUCACCUGAAGAUUCUGAUGAAAACAACUCUAAUCCAGAAGGAUCACUCAGCAGAAAAUCUUGA